AUGGAGGGAAAGCAAGCUGGGUCUUCUCUAGAUCUGUUGAUUGCUUCCUUCAACAAACGAGUCGGCGAGUUGCAGGAACUCGUCAUCGCCCGGAACAGUGAGUCGAGUUUCAAUAGUCGAUCGAUUUUGCCUUCUUCUCUCCGUCCCAUGACCCGAUUUUGGUUUCCCGCAGUGUAUCCGGCGAGCAGCAUCCCGGAUUUAACGGCGAUCGACACGGCGUUGAGCUCGAUGGAGCUUCAGGUACAGUCGAUUAAGGAUCGGUUGCGUGAGGAGACGGAAGCUAUUCCGAAAGCCAAGAAACUUAUAGAGGCAUCACUGAAACAGCAAGUGAAAUUGCAGAAGAUGACUGUUUAUGCACCGUCUCAUUUCCCUGAGAAGACUGCAAUGUUGAAUUCAGAUAUAAACAGAUGUUUGCUCCAAGAAAAUGUCAAGCAGCACGAACAAAAUCACGGUCUCAGCUAUGAGGACGAAGCAGCUGUUUUACCCAAGGAGAAGAAAGGUCGUGGGUCUCCUCCGCUUUGGUACAUAACUGUUGAAGAACUCAAUUCACUCUCGUCAUACAUGAGAGGAAGGCUCACCCUUGAGAAAGUGAAUGCGGCAAUCAAUGACAUGGCUUCAUAUGCUGAAGCAAAUGCUCAUCUUAUUUCAGCCCCAAAACAAAAGCUGGCGGAAAACCUCUGGGAGAAAGCACUGAAACUACGGGACAUUGUAACGUCGGGAGCAUUGAAGGGCAAGUAUUUCUUUCUUGAAACUGACAUGAAGGGACCAAUGUUGAAACUAGACAACACAGGAAAGGCAAUACUUACAGUUCUUCGACACCUUGGUCGUGUUAGUGAGACUCGAAUCGGUCAAAACCGCGUCAUCAUUCUUAUGAAGCUUAAUUAGAAAAGUAAACAAACUUUCUCGAGGUCGUUCAUUUUCAAAUCAAGUCGUCGUUCACAUCGAUUUCUUGCUUCUACUUGUAAGUCUCUCGGGUCUAAUUGUUCUUUGAACGCAUUAAGUCUAAACUUAGACUGCUCUGCUUAACAAGCCCAGGUAGGCCCAGUACCAACUAGGCUGCCCUUUUUUAAACUGCACGAAUUUAUAAAUUAUGGUCAAACUGUUUUAAAACAAUUUCUCAUAUUUGCACGAAAGUAGCAAAACUCGAUUUCCGUUGUUUUCGACGUAUUUUAAACGUAGUAUUUGUACAAGUUAUUUGUUUUAUUAUUAUAUCUGGUUCAAGUUCCA